AUGUCUUAUAGAAAUUUAGUACAGAGGAUAAUACUGCGGCAAAAAUUUUCUACAAAUUUCCCAGCUUUACUGCAAUAUAAUGGCUAUGAGAAAUAUGGGGGCUCUAAAGAGACAUUUAAUAACUAUAAGAGAAAUUUCGCAGCAGCUCUUCUUGGUUCUGUCCUUAUAGGGUCUUCAUUGAAUGAUAACAAUAAACAGAAAUCAAAUGGGAGCAAACAACAGAAGACAGAAGAACAAGAAAUUGUAGAAGCGGGGGAGAAGAGGCCUGACCUUCCAACUUUUAGAGCUGAGGAAAUUAGCCAGCAUAACAAGAAAAGCAGUUUUUGGGUGAUAUACAGACAUGGUGUGUAUGAUAUAACAUCGUUCUUGCCUUCACAUCCUGGCGGUGAACAAAUCUACAAUGCAGCGGGACUCAGCAUUGAGCCCUUCUGGAAUGUGUAUGGAAUGCAUAAAACACAACAAGUGUACAAGUUGCUUGAAUCAUACAGGAUAGGGAACAUUCACGAGGACGAUAUGGUGGACCACAGCGAUGACGAGCUCUGGGCCAGGGAGCCGUACAGAGACCCACGGCUCAUAGUGAAGACGGCCAAGCCGUUCAACGCGGAGAUACCGCCGCAGUACCAAAUAGCGCAUUUCAACACGCCCAACGAGUUGUUUUACGUGCGGCAGCACAUGCCUGUUCCAGAGCUGGAGGCGGCCACGCACCGGCUGCGCGUGGUGCUGGACGGCUUCGCGGUGGAGAGCUUCUCGCUGGAGCAGCUGCGCCGCUUCGACAGCGCCUCGCUCUCGGCCGCGCUCAUGUGCGCCGGCAACAGGCGCAGCGAGAUGGACCAGGUCAAACCGGUGAAAGGGAUAAGCUGGGCCGGUGGUGCUAUUAGCAAUGCAGUAUGGAGCGGUGUUUAUUUACGGGACGUGCUCUUACACUGCGGUGUGGAUCCUAACGAUACGGAUGGAAAGCAUGUCAUUCUGACGGGCGCGGACGCGGACGCGGCCGGGACGCAGUUCAGCACCUCGAUCCCGCUGCGGAUGGCGCUGGAGCCGAGCGCGCGCGUCCUUCUCGCCACGCACAUGAACGGCGCGCCGCUGCCGCCCGACCACGGGGCGCCGUUGAGGGCGGUGGUGCCGGGGGCGCCCGCCGUGCGCAGCGUCAAGUGGCUCGAAUGCAUCACCGUAUCGGAGGAGGAGAGCGACUCGCAUUGGCACAAGCGCGACUACCGCUCGUUCGGGCCCUCCGUCACGUGGGAGACGGCCGACUUCGAAAGCGCGCCGCCGCUCUACAGCCUGCCCGUCACCUCGGCCAUCUGCGAGCCCGCCCACGGCGGCGACGCGUUGGUGCGGGACGGCUGCAUCCAGGCGAGAGGGUACGCGUACUCGGGCGGCGGGGCGGGCGUGGUGCGCGUGGAGCUGAGCGCGGACGGCGGCGCCAGCUGGCGGGAGGCGGCGCUGCGCCAGGACGGGCCGGCCCCCGCCGCCCACGCCCACUACGCCUGGACCCUCUGGGCGGCCAGCGUGCCCGUGCCGCACGGCGCCAGCCAGGUGGAGCUCUGGGUGAAGGCGACCGACAGCAACUUCAACACUCAACCGGAAACGUUCCAGCACAUCUGGAACAUUCGCGGCCUUCUCAGCAACGCGUACCACAAGAUCACGGUUAACUUGAAACGC